AUGGCUCCUGGUGCAGACUUGACAGAGGGUAGAAGAUGGCCGGAUGUGUUUGACUACGAGAAUGGACCUUGGGCUAUCAGUAAAGUCUGCAGCUCAUGGAGAAGAACCGUCACUGCAUCACCCGAAGUAUGGCGGCGCUUCAUGCUCGGAACCAGAGACCUUGGGUCAAAAGGUCAAUUUUCGGCUUUGGAAACCUGGCUCCGUUACUCCAGAACGUCCACGAUAUCCUUCCUCAUCUACACUCACGGCAUAUGUGACCACGUAGUAAAUCGCGAACUUUUUCGUAUGCUUUUAUCACAAUCGAAUCGCUGGGAGAACAUAGAGUUUGUCAAUACGACCACAUCUUUCUGGGAGAUGCUCAACGAGUACAAUGUUCGGAAACAGCUGGCAUCCCUCAGAAGUUUUACGAUCCUAUCAGAUGGCGACACUAGUGCGUAUCUAGACGAACCGGAUUAUGAUCCUGAAGAUGACCCGGACUUCUAUGGGGCGUUCAGAGAAGCUCCCCAGCUUCGUUCGAUAUCCUGCCUUGACUUCAUAAUCAUCUCCAAAAUACCAGGUGUCCAUUUUCCGUGGACACAAAUCACGAAGUUCGAGAGCUCCAUCCGGUGCUCCGAAAACUACCGCAUCUUGAAUAAUGUUGCACCGAACCUGGAAUGGCUUCGUCUGGAGCUGACCAGCGACGACAUCAAAACUGUAAACUGUGGACAAUCCACCGACGAUAUCAUCUGCCUCCCUAAGUUGCGCACGCUUGCGAUAAAGAUCUACAUACGCCCACCGGAUCAUCCUAUUGUCGAGCAACCCGUUUCGUCAUUUCGACGGAUCAACCACCUAUCCUUCCCCUCCCUCGAAAACCUUUCGAUAACCACCGAAUUUUCAUUUUUACUCGCACCUUUCCACAUAUUCGCAGAAGCUCUCCGCCAUUCCCCUUGCACCCUCCAGAGUCUCGAAAUUUCAGGAUACACCCGGGAAACAGAAGAUAUAUUCAAACUUCUGAAGGCUGUUCCUACCGUCCGCCAUUUCUGCCUGUGGAUCGACCUCCACGGUCCCCUUCAAUUGCAGGACGUUGUUUUACCGCAGCUUAUGGGCAGAGGUGACGAGGCUCUACUCCCCCGAUUGGACAUCCUCGAGCUCAAGUUUCCCGAGCGCUUCGAGAUUUACGAACUCGAUAAGCAUCCGCUGGCCGCUUUGAUACGCUUCCGUUGGGCCAAUCAGGAAACGCGCAUCCGUACGAUUCGUCUUUCUUUGGGAGCGGACAUCAGAGGGAAAGUGUAUCGUUUAUAUGCGAUCGAUACGUUACCUUGUCUGUCCUCUUUAGAUGACCUGAAAGAGGAAGGCUUGACGGUUGACGUUCGAGGUCUAGUUACUGUAUGA